UGGGGGUUUUUGCCAACAUCCGGUUCUCCUGCGACAGCGGUGUGUCUCUUCCGUUGUCGUCUUGUUUACAUUUCACAGCGUCCAGCUUCAGUUUGGUGAAGAUGACGCAGCAGAAAGCCAACAAUAUCAGCUCUAUUCCCAUCGACGCUUUCAGCAAUUUAAGAAUCACGUCGAUAUGGACGUUUCUCAUGUCUGUGCAGUGGUCGGAGCCGUGGCUCAUCGGGCUGUUGGUGUUUCAUGUUGUGUGUUUGUGUCUGACUGUGGUGACCUGCAGGUACUACAGAGCUCAGAUCUGUCACUUCCUGCUCAUGGUUGGCCUGGUGUAUAGUGCUGAAUAUCUAAAUGAGCUGGCAGCCAUGAACUGGAAGUCCUUCUCUGAUUUCCAGUACUUUGAUUCCAAGGGCAUGUUCAUAUCUUUGGUCUACUCUAUUCCUCUUCUGCUGAAUACAGUCAUCAUCGUGAUGGUGUGGGUGUACAGGACCUUUUCCACGAUGACUGAGCUUAAGACACUUCAGCUCAAGCGAAAGGCACGCAGGGAGAAGAGAGAGAAGAAUGACUGAUCCCUCUCUUUAUGUCCAAAAAUGGACUUUGUUUGGAGGAAUUAAGAAUCAGUGUCUCUGCUUUGCUAAACCUGAAUUUUGGAAGGAGGAAGGAAGACAGAUUCCUUCUUGUGAAGGAUUGUACAUUGAUGGAGGACUGGGUGUCUGUUUCUGGCAAUGGCUGCUGUAAGAUGAUGCUGAAUAUACUGUACACUAUGAGAUUUACAAGGACCAAAGGACGUUUACUGUUUUAUAUGUAAUGUUGUUUUAAAGGGUGUUAAAAUGCACAGAUAAAGGAAGUUUUUGAACAACUUUUCAGUGACUCUUUAAUUUAAGACAUGGGAAUGGUGCAGUAGAUUUUAAAAGGGAUGAAUAUAAAGCAUGGAGUGGAAAAGCAACGACUUUGUUUUUUGUGUCAUCCUUAUUUGUGGAAAGGCUGUGGUGGGUUAAGCAUAAGUCUAUGGCUGAUCAUCAAUCCAUUGACUAAGUUCUGAUCUUGAGAUCUUUCAAAAGUUUUUAGCUCAGGAAGGGAGAGUAAGGAGUAAGGAUUUCUUAAAAAGUUGUCACAUUGUGUUAAAUAAAAAGAAAAUGUGAUGAUAUGCAUUGAACAUUAAAACCCCAUAUUUAUCUGAA